UCUAUAUGUUCAUACUGACCAUGGCUGCAGGAAAAGCAACUUAUGAUGAACUUUAAAGCAUCCCAUGGCCCUCCGUUAUUCCAACUGCAUAUAAAAGGCAUAUCACAGUACAUUUUUACAGACAAUAAUUGUGCUCUUCGUCUCAUUGAACAAAAGCUUGCCUUGCCUUCUGUCACCCCAGUCUCUAGAAUGUUGGAUGCUCCCCUUCAGGAUACAGACUGUGUAUUUUGUCAAGCAGAACCGCAUGGCCUUCUUCUCUGAUUGAAAUCACAGCCUCGGGGCUCUAACACUUCAAGAGCGCUCGGCAGCCACAGUGGGAGAAGAUGCAGAAAUAGACCUGACGAAACAGCCACCUUCGGACAACAAUGAAUUCCUGCUCUGUAAAUGACAGUUUCUUGACCUACAUUUAUGUGUGCAGUAUCAAUUCAGCAUGCAAGUUUUAUAUGCAAACAUAAUUUAAUAAGUUGGCCCAAAGCCAUAUUUAAAAGCAGAUGCCUGGCAUAAGUCAACUGUGCUAUAUGAGAUAAUUGUUUACUGGCUGCAUUGUGCCUUCAUGCAUGGGAUGAUGUGUUUUUAAACUCUCAGCUUUAAUCAGUCACGCAUGUUAAUCAGCCACAGACACGCGCUGAUUGACAGCACUUCAUUAACACUGAGAAUUUUAAAGGGGGGAAUCGGGAAAGCAUUCGCCAGGAUGAAAUUUCGAUGAAAUCCUAUACAGAGCAUUUGCAAGACACAGCGACUGUUCCUUUAAGAGAUGCUUAGGCUCUCGGCCCCUCCCUCUCUGUGUCCCUCACAAGCCUCAGAUUGGGUCUUCAGUGCAUUCUGGAGAGUGGCAAGCACCAUUUAAGAGUAAAUAUGCGAAAGGUCUCAGAUUAUGGCCAGAUAUCAAGGUUACGACGCAGCGCAGAACUUCACCUUACGGCGGAACUCUACGGGAAUUCUUAAGAGCAAAAGGCUCCCUUCUCACGAAGACGGAAAUAUAUGCUUCAAAGGUAGUGACUGAGAAAUUGCUGAUUCUCAGCACUUUCAGCUUUGAUGAAUUUGCUCGAUUUACAGAACAGACUUUUUUUCUUUCCUUCAUGUCAACGGCCAGAGAGUAUAAAGUAAAUGACAGCUUGUCAUUCAGUUCAGAGCUUUGGGAAUCACACAAAUUUUUCAUUCGGUUUCCCUCACGUCUGUGCAAUUUUUUAAUGCUGGAAAGCCACAUAAUGUAUCACAACUUCUUGAAGGUAAAAAGUCCACAGUUCUGGGAAAUAUAAUCAAGUGGUACGAAGUUCUGCUGCCUGAAUAACAUAUAAAACAUCCUAUAAAUAUGUUUAUGCCGAGCCGAGAGCUUCAUGACAGCACACAGUCUAACUACACCACAUUUGUCCAACCCUCUCAACUCAGUGCCACAAACCGUCCUGGAUCUUCUAGCAAACAAAAGCAAGGUGGAUUCAGGAAGAUCCGUUCCACUGGAGAACCAAUCCCAUGUCCAAUCCCAGGACUGUCAUCUGAGGUGCUGGAAAUGCGUGUGAAGGAAGGGAGCAAGAUCAGGAACCUUUUGGGUUUUGCCAUGUCUCGAAUUCAAGGUGACGGACACAGGGCUCCAGCAUCGCAGGUCGUGUUCAGCGGGACGGGACGGGCCGUGACCAAAACCAUCACCUGUGCAGAGAUAAUGAAACGCAAGGUGCAGGGUUUACACCAGCUGUCAAAGCUCCAGUACAGGACAGUGACUGAGGUGUGGGAGAGCCAGGAGAGCGGCCCGCUUCAGAUGACCGUACACAGAACUCUUCCUUCCAUCUGUAUUCUUCUGUCCAAAGAUCCGCUGGACCCACAGGAGCCGGGAUACCAGCCUCCAGUCGAAAUAAACACUCUCUCAGAGGAAAGCAAAUUGCCAGACGGACCAAAGGGGGCUGGAAAGACAGAAAAGAGACCAGCGAGUCCUUGUUCUCAUGAUCUUCCCAGUCUUAAGAGAGCUGCUCUGGGACAGGGAGAAAGUCCAGCUCUGGAACCAGUGAAAAAACGUUACUAUAAAAGGGAGGAAUUCAUAUAAAUGUUGUGUGUGUGUUUGUGUGUGUGUGUGUGUGUAUUUAUAACUUGCUUAAUAAAUUAGGCCAUAUCGGGAUGCAACAAAUGUGAAAGUAUAAUCUGAGUAAUAAAAUGCAUGAUCAAGUGAUUAUUUAGUAUUACUUCAUAGUGUGUAAUUAAAUGACAAUAAAAUACAAAUCCUAAUUAUUUAUGUUUGGCUAUUUCUCACACUGAUUCACUUCAUUCUUUAUUUAAUGUAAUUAUUAUUUUUUAUUUUUUUUACCCAAUGUUUUUCAUAUUUUCUGUUAUGCUUUUGGUUUUAUCCAAGUAAUUAGGAUACUUUCAUAGUUUCUAUUAAUAUUUCUAUUUUGUCCAAUUAAUUAUUUU